AGAAGAUUGGCCAAGAUCAAGAGUGCUACAGCCUCAUGAUUCUGCGAUAUGCCGCACGGCGCUUCUCGACUUCGGCUCGAAGGCUCAUCAAGGAAGAAGGGUGGCAAGGCAAGGGCGCGAAUGUGGUAGACUUGCUCGCAUCGAGGUCGCUGCUGCAGCAAACGACGGCGCCCAACUCGCUGCGAAAGCACCUCGACGAGGCUGAGCGGACAGUGUACGCGGGCGUGGAUCCUAGCGCAGACAGCUUGCACGUCGGCAACCUUCUCCCGCUACUCGCCUUGCUCCACUUUGUCAGACAGGGCCACAGUGCGGUAGCUCUGAUCGGAGGUGCGACCGGAAGCAUCGGAGACCCUUCGGGACGAGACACCGAGAGAUCGUCCCUGUCAACCGAACAGCUCCAACACAAUGUCUCGAGGAUCACAGAGCAGGUGCACAGCUUCUUCGAGAGGGCAAACGAGCACCUUGCUAGCAAGCGCAAAGGGGAGGGAGAAGAAUCACCAGUGGGCAAGGUGACGGUGGUCGACAAUGCCGACUUUUAUCGAACAAUGAGCAUGCUUGACUUUUUGAGAGACGUCGGACGAUAUGCGAGGGUAGGCUCUAUGCUUGCCCGCGACAGCGUCAAGAACCGACUCCAACCCUCAACGCCCGAUGCAGCACCGACUGGCCUCUCCUUCACAGAGUUUUCCUACCAGCUGCUCCAAGCUUACGACUUCAGCGUGCUACACAAGGAGUGGAACUGUACUGUCCAGCUCGGCGGAUCAGACCAGAUGGGCAACAUCUCCGCCGGCAUUGACCUAAUCCGCCGCCGCCAACAUAGCCUAUUGGAGUCUGGCAUCAGCGAGGGCCCCGAAUCGCUGUCCCAGUCGUCGGAAAAGGACGAGCCUUCACCAGCGUACGGCUUGACUUUGCCGCUCCUCACAACUUCCUCUGGCGCCAAAUUCGGAAAGUCCGCCGGCAACGCCGUCUGGCUCUCGUCAGAUCGGUGCUCCGACUAUGAAUUCUACCAAUUCUUCCUCCGCUGCUCCGACGGUGAGGUCAGGAGCUACCUGCGGUGCCUCACGAUGCUAUCACUCGAGGAUGUGGACGAGAUUUUGCGGGAGCACGACAAGAACAGACGCGAGAGAAUCGCGCAACGGGCCCUCGCAAGAGAGAUGGUCCUGCUUGUGCGAGGACGAAAGGCGUUGGACAGAGCCGAGAUCGCGACAAAGAUUCUCUACGAGAAGCGCAUCAGAGAGGUGACGAGGGAGGAUGUCUUGUCCACAUUUGGCGAAGAGCAGUCGACGAAUGGCAAAAAGGUUCUGGUCCGGUUGGCGACAAAGGAUGCCGUCGGCGUGAGCAUCGGAAGUCUGGCCGCGUCCACUGGCCUCGUCAAAUCACGCGGCGAGGCCACAAGGGCGAUGAAGAGCGGUGGCCUCUACGUCAACGACGUGCCCGUCAAGGACCCCAGACAGACACUGAGACACCAGAACUUUGUGUCGGGCAACCAGACGCUGGCUGUCUUGAGUCUUGGGAGCAAGGAGCACCGUAUCCUUAUGAUCGACGAGAUUGAUCGGAGUUAGACCACAGAUCACGAGAAAGCGGACAAGGCCAACCACCCUUCACAAGAACCCGCCUCGGGUGAGCAAGAAGCUGCUACAAACGACCAAAUGAAAUAGAAGGACCAAUGAGGAGGUAUCUAAUGUACUGUAGAGAAGCAAAUGUGAAGAAGAGGACUAUUUAAUCUGAUGAUGUUAUGCUGUG